GAACACACAGGAUACUGAGGAAGACACCUCAGCCUGCUUGAGUCCAUGUGUCACCAGGGAGCUGGUGCUGCCCCCCACCAGCGAGGAAGUUGAGCCCUCCCUGGAGGCAUAUAUGGACCUGCAAGGUCCCCAGGACAAUAUGGGAGGGCCUAAGGCUCAGGGAAGGCAACAGCCUCCUCCCAAGCCCCCACACAGGAACAAGGGCAGAGUUAUCUGGUACCCAGGGUCCUGUCCCUAUACUGACUGGACCCCUCCCUUAGAGAUCCAAUCUCAGGGGGUGGCAGGACUCCAGGAGCCUGAAGGGGAACUGCAACCCAUGCAGCAGAUGACCACGCGGGACACACUGGACAGAGGGUAUCACAUAGCAGGUGGCCUGAGCCCUCCUAACAUUGAAGAGCAGAUGCCCCCUACCACCAAGGAAGCUGAGUCCCCCGCUGCAGAUGCUCACAGGGGACAUGCAGGAUACAGAGGAAGACAUACCUGUCCUUACAGUGACUGGCCACCUCCCCUAGAGGACAAACCUCAGGUGGGGUCAGGACCCCAGGAUUCUGAAGGGGAACUGAAACCUGUACAGCAGAUGGCCUCUCAAGGACAAGCAGGACACAGAGGGGGACACGUCAGGUGGCCUGUGCCCUUGUGAAACCACAGGGCAAACACCCCCCAUCAUCAUGGAUGUGGAGCACCUCCUAAAAGCCAGUAUGGCCUUACUGGGUCCCUAAGACAGGACCCUCAAGUACAGAGAAGGAGGCAGCCCCCUCCGCCAAGUCCCCACACAGGAACAAGGGCUGAGUCACUUGGUUUCAGGCAGAGGAGCCCCUGAGGCUGUUGGAGACUUUCUCCCAGGACACCCAGUGCCCCAGCACCCCACUUGAGAACACUCAGCUGACUCUGCUCAGGGGUGAGAUGCGGGCGUCAUUGGAGCACACAGGGUGGGAGGCUCUCAGAGGAACUGAGCUGGGGUUGUGUCCCAGAGGCUCCUCCUGACCCCUCAAGGGUUGAAUGGGACAGUCCCUGGGGUCAGUGCUCUGAAGGCUGGAGGUGUGGGGGUGCUAAGUCAGCAAGGGCAGUACCAGGGCCAAGCCGACCUCUGUCCCUCCUCUCUCCAGAGUGCCCCCCUGCUUCUGAGCUGCGAGCUCCGGCCGUGACCCCAGAGCCACCCCCCAUGGAAGGUGUCCCCCCCCAUCUGAAGAGGUCUGCUUCUUGUGGUUCAUUCAGAUUCUACUUUUCCUCUUGUGGAAGGAAGUUAGUGUUCUCGGCCAUGUGAUCUGAAGAAAGUGUAGUUCUAUGGAUCUACUGCCUGGGUGCUUGUCAUCACAAGCCCUCAUUCUCCACUCCACAGAGUCACAGAAUAUUCCAGAACACUGCUGAUUCCAACAGGAGCCCCUGAGCUGAGAGCAACACCCCCACUCCUGUCUCCCUAGAUCCUCCUCUUCUAUCAUCCCCCUGACCUGCUGCAAGACCAACCUAGCCCAGCCUCACUGCACUAUGCUCCCCUGCCCUGGGCCUGAUCCCCACACACCCCUUCUUGUCCACUCCCUUGAGGGACAGCCUGGUCCUGCUUGGGGACAGA